AUGGUUGGGGAGAUCCGGGUUCUGAUACAAGAGGAUACUAAUGUGUUUGGAUCAAUUGCUAUGAAUUAUGAAGUGGAUCAGUCGGGUCUACUCUUCUACUGCCCGACAACUAAAGAAGCAGCUGCAGAUCGAGAUAAGUUGAUGCGACUGAUGAUACCUGAGACGCUCAAACAGGCCAUUUUGCAUCACUAUCAUACGAGCUUGCAGGAUCGGACCCGCGAUCACUUUCACUUGAGAGGAUUAUAUAAGAGUGUACAACGAUACGUGGGAGAAUGUGUCGAUUGUGAAACAGGCAAAGGACGACCUUGGAUCCAGGGUGAGUCGCCCGGUAACCUUCCGGCGACAUACCCAUACCAAGACAUUGCUAUGGAUCACAUACCUUUGCUGCCUAGAUCCUUCAAUGGCAAUACCGAGUUGCUGAUCUUCGUGGAUCUAUUCUUGGGAUAUGUGGUCGCCAAGGCCAGCGCCCCUAGAUCCGCUCAAACAAUCGUGGAGACUUACGAGGAAUGGUUUUUCCGCAGAUUUGGUGCGAGCGAGGUGAUCCGAUAUGAUCGAGAGCCAGGCUUCAUGUCUGACUUCUUUAAGUCCUUCAACAGGAGCUUGGGCCAACGUCAACGUGCUAUCAUGUCUUAUCGACCCCAAGCUAAUGGAUCCCCAGAGCGUAUGGCCCAGACAACUACCAGGGCUCUCAAGAUGUAUGUGCAAGAUCUGGAUCAAAGAGAUUGGGACGAAUACGCUGAUCGGCUCACCUUCGCGAUCAACACGGCAAAAGACCGGAUCCGAGGUGAAACCCCUUUCUAUAUGAUACAUGGUUGGGAUCCUAGAUCCCCCUUGGAAGCGAUGGUCCCGGAGGGGAGCACUCGCAUGCAUGAUCGAGAUCCGAGAAGAUGGCGAUAUCGGAUGCAAAAGUGCAAUCAACAAGCUCGAGAACAAGUGGACCAGCGUUUACGCGAAGCGAUUGCGGAUCGGGCUGACAUGCAUAAUGAUCUAGUACGUCCUCACCCUGUAGAGUCUGGAUCAAGAGUCUGGUUAUACCUAGAUCGAGUGCGUGAUGGAUAUGCAAAAAGCUGGUGCAUUUUGUGGCAUGGUCCAUUCCACCUCGCCGAAAAGAUCGGGAAAUACGCAGUGAGGAUCAACAUACAGCAUUUUCCCGGUGGUGCAUGUCUCAAAUAUCAAACUGGUCAAAUAUUCCCAGAUCGACCAGUAGCCCGUCUAGAUGAGUCAGAAGGAGAUCGGGUGGACUUCGAUGAAGCUCGCCUACCUGAAGCCAUCUGGAUCCAGGAUCGGGAUCCGGAUGAAUACGAAGUGGAGCGAAUUUCCGAUAUGAGGACGGGCAAAAAACUAGAUAUGGACGGAUUUACCGAGAAUUUCUGGUACACUGGCGCAGAUCUCAACUGCGGUGCUCUACUCUAUGAGUUCUUGCGAGAUCGCACUAAUCGCAACCGUUUUGGUGUGAAGAAGUCUCACGAGGAGCCGUGA